AUGGACUUGCCCCAGGACGACCUUAGUCCACCACCCACACCGGGUCCGAGCUCUUUUGCGCCGCCUUUGAUGCGUGCAACCAAGCCAGCUCGCGCACCAGUCAGGUCGCUUUCGCUCCGCAUCCCCGAAGAUGGCCAAGCAUUUGGCGGUCUCACACAUCCCUCGCUGCCGCCCUCGGAUCUUGCUCCCUCGCCCGCAUUGCAUCCUUCUGCUGUUGCUCCUCCUCCCAUCACCUUACAGCUUGCCUCAAAUCAAGCUGGGCCGAGCACUCUGGCACCGCCACCGCAAUCCAGGCUGGCGCGCAAGCGUCCAUCUCGGCUCAACCUGGCACCACCUUCCAUGAGCGACGAGUCGGCCCAGUCAUCGCGAUCCAUGCCCGCCUCACCCGUCGCGCUCUUGCGAUCCAAUUCCAAUGCAGAACAUCUGGACAGCACUGCGGCGCCUGCUGCUUCAACCUUAUCAGAAGCUGUCAAGCACCUCUCCAGCACGCUUCGGGGCACACCGCGCAGACGGCCGAGCAUGCCCUUUAAAGCCGCGCCGACGCAAGAAUCGGCGUAUCCCGAGCCUCCCAGUGCUGCCAGCUCGCGCAACCGCCCACCCGAAGCUUAUCGCGAUCCCUCAGAGCACAUUCUCAGCGGCAAAGGAAGCACGCUUCAACACGCACGCAGCGUCUAUUCACAUGGCCCUGUCCAAGUGCUGCCCGGCCUGUUUUUGGGCGACGAACACAAUGCGCGCGACACUCAGACGCUCUCUGCUCUCGGGAUUACUACCAUUUUAAACGUCGCCAAGGAGACGAUUCUCGACUUUGGAUCCGAGUCUGCUGUGACGUCGGUCUACCCCGACGUGCCGCAGGCCACUUGGUCGCAUUCUACCAAUGUCCUCGGUCAUUCCGAUGCACAGCAACCGUCCAUCAACCACGGCCGAGGCCAGCAGGGUGCUCGCCAUACAUCCAGCGCCAGUGAGCGAGAACCGCUUACGCCAAACACCUACUACACUCCGCCCACAAGCGCCUCGCUCUCUUUCUCCAAAGGCCAUGGGCAAGCAACCUCGCCACGCGAGGCGAUCAGUGCCUCUGUUCUUCGCAAUACAUCUUCAACGCCCAACUUGCUGACUCAAUUCCUCGAUGCCGAGUCGUCGACCCGCCCAUCCGAAUCGAUAGCACUGCAUGGCUCAUCAGCAGCAGCAGCAGCAGCAACCCCGACUCCCACUGGCGACAUUCGCACGCUGACGGCACAAGAUGUGUUGCGCUAUCGUUCGCUUCGCCGCACCAGCAACUCGUCAUCCGACGACGCAUUCGACACCACCUCGUCGCCCUCGUCUUCGCGCGCCGCAAGCACUUGCACUUCGACUGCCACCGAACUCACCCCACCCGUACUCAACCACUCCAAGACCAAGGAGGCUGGUGCCGACACGCACGACAACGCCUCGUCCAGCGCAGGCACGACGAGCCAGCAGCCUUCGCCGAGCUAUACUUUCGACGACGAUUCGCACACUUCUCCUUGCGCCUGGUUCACAAAGGUGCAGCUUCCGUCCAAUGCCACGGUGACCCGAGUGCCCGCCAGCGUCGAACAUGGCCGAACGCACGAGAUGCGCUACAUCAAGCUGCCAUGGACGCACGACGAGACCGACCUGGCUUCCGCUCGCGGCGGCUUUGCUCAGGGCUGUGCACUCAUCGCAGAAGCGCUCGGCAUCGACGACCGUUUCUGGUACGCGGCCAAGAUUGCCGAAGACGGUGAUGCGUGUGCCGCGUUGGAGGAUGAUUCGAGCUUGGAACAUGUCCAGACCAACCCGUUCCCUGGCAAGAUCCUUGUGCACUGCCAGUGCGGCGUCAGUCGAAGUGCGACGCUGGUCAUCGCCUUUGUCAUGCAAGCAGCCGCCAUGCGAUAUGGAUUCGAGAACGCACGCGACCUGUUGGGCAUGCACGACUGCUACAACAUGGUCAAGGACAAGUCGUCGAGCAUUUCGCCCAACAUUUCGCUCAUCUACCAGCUGGUCGAGUGGGAGCGCUACCUUUCCAGCGCCGCCGGUCGACUUCGAGACGUGCUGGGUAUGGGAUGCAUGGGCAGCGACAGCGAUACAGCCGGUCACCUCGACGCAAACGGCGCCCCGAGCGUCACUGGUGCCGGCUGGUCGACCGAACCUAUGGACGAAGCAAUGUGGAGCAAGAUGCGUUUGGAAGAGGAAGAAAAAGAAGCGGCCGAAGAAGCCAGACGACGCGAAGAGCGUUUAAACGAAGCCGUCCGGUUGGCAGCAGAGAGGAGAGCCGCACAAGAUCGACUGGAAGGACGUCUGCCAGAUGCUGGUGGCGGGGGCGAUGGUGUUUCGGGUUCGCUCAUGCAACGGAGGCGCAAGAAAGCAGCGCCUGCUCUGCAACUUCAAACUGCCGCGCCAGGUCUCGGCACUUCCAGCAGCUGCAAUCCAGCAGCUGCAGCAGCGCCAAGCCCUGGACUCAAUCGUCGACGUCCACCCGCACUGCAACUCAACAAUGCUGCUAAACGCACGGACGUUGGCGACUCAACCAAGGUCGAUGUCGAAACGCCGUUUCAAACGGCGAGGACGGAAGCGUGGAGUGAAUCAGCACGCCACGAUGCGGAUGGUGACGUGAUGAUGCACGACUUGGAGCCACCUCAGACGCCAUUGCGCUCGUCGGCAGCCGAAUCUGAUGUGGUCAGCACGCCCACGGCUCGGACUACAGCCGCUGCCUAUGCACCAGAUUCUUGCGGCUCGGCGCUUCGCACGCCAAAUGCGUACUCGCUCUCUGGCAGAGCCGUGGCAGCGCCGGAAGCAUUAGGUACACAAAGCUUGGAGGCAGCAACAAGUCAAGGCGGUGGCAGCAGCAGCAGUGGCACAAGAGGGGCGGUUCCGACGACAUUGGUUUCGCCAUCGUCACCAGGCUUGUCACCGGCCAUGUCGUCGUCGUUGUCUCUGGGCUCGCGACCGAAUCGAUUCAGCCUUGGCGAUCCACCGCUGAGCGGCAGCCUAUCUGCGAGACUCGAUUCGCCGUCAAGCUCGCGAUCUCGAGCCAGGCCGGAUUCGAUGCAGAGCACCAUGUCUUCUUCGUCGUCGUCUACGGCACUGUUUGGUGUGACGGCGCUUUCGCGUGAAGAGCGCAAGAAGCAGCAUCGCAGAACGUUUUCGUCCGAUUGGCCUACAUUACAAGCGAACCUGGCUUCUCAAAGGAGGCGGAGCAAGAUUGAUGCUCUGCCGGAGCCGCCAGGGUUAGAAGCGGAAAUGACACCGCCGCAGUAA